GUAUGUGCUUGCUUAUAUUUGCUGCGUGUCUAUUUAAGAAUCAACAUCGUGGUUUGUCACGGUAGCGGACGCUGUAUUCAUUCUCUUGCUUCUUGCCUCGUAGUAGGCCGUCCAGUAUACUGAUGGAACAACUCGAGCGUCCAUUGGCUUUGAACGAGGGGAGCCGCUUAACUCGAGUGAAUAGUUUAGGUGAUUGAGCUAACACUCGUUUUUAACACCCAAAGGAGGAACGGAGUUUUGCUCUCAGACAUUGCUAUCCCCUGCAAUUCGGAAUAUCAACGCAGUCAACCAACGCCUUUACUGACACACUUGUUCGAGAUCAAGAUGUCAUGAACCACUCCGCACCGCCAACAUUCCCAGGUUCACACCACAGCCACCAAGGAGAGCGCCAACACAAAAAGAAACAUUCAGAAGCUAUAUCAACUGCCAAAAGUGCAAAAGAAAGGGUCUGGCCGGGGAUUGAACCCGGGACCUCUCGCAAGCUGUGCUGUAGGGUUGUCCCUAAGCGAGAAUCAUACCACUAGACCACCAGACCAGUUUGAGAGCAGGACAUUUGAUGAUGCUGUUAGUGAACACCAGGAUCAAUAAUGCGGUCUAAGAGCAGAGGCUCCUGAGAAUGAGGCCUCAGCUCAGCAGAAUGAUUAUGUCUGAGCAUGAGAUGUCCAGCCCUCAGUAAUCCCCUCAGUAUCCAUUAGAUAAUAAUCAUCAGAUCAAUCUUCAGCCCAUCUGUGCAAGUCCGCUCCUCCGCAAGAAUCUCCCUUGUAAGUGUU